ACUGUAUAUACAAAGCAUGACGCGUGCCGUUACGGCAUGGGUUAACACGUACAGGAGCCACCCCCUUCGGCCGGGCAGCAGCAGCAGCAGCAGAAAGCAGCAGAAAGCAGGAGAUGUAAAUCAAGAUGAAGAUGAAGACGGGAGUCAGUGAAGAGGAGGAGGAGGAGGAGGAAGAAGCUCAGUGUGACAGAUCCAUGGGACAACCCCUACAUUUCCAUAAAAACAGUCCUGAAUGUGACGUUUGGAGCCAGAGAACAGAGUCGCUGGCGUCAUGUGAUUUCCCUCCAGGUUUCAGUGAGGAGCCUCAGUCGUCAUGUACAAAACCGAGGACAAACGACCUGUAUUUCCACGGAGAGAACGAGUGGUGUGAUGCUGAGGAGGAGCAGCGAGGACCACAGACGUCCAGUCCGACACAAAAGGAUGAGCUGGAGCAGAAGGUUUUAGAUGAACAUAAGAUCAGUGUGAGGAGGAGAUGUGAACAUGUGACGGAUGAAACAGGAAGUAGAACCCUCCUCAGCAGGAUCUACACUGAGCUCCACAUCACAGAGGGACAGAGUGAAGAGGUUAAUACUCAACAUGAGGUGAGGCAGCUUGAGACGGCUUCCAAGACGAAGAGCCUCCACGACGCUCCCAUCAAGUGCCACGACAUCUUUAAAGCCUCAACUGACCAGCAGAGCAGCAUCAGAGUCGUCCUGACCAACGGCGUCGCUGGCGUUGGAAAAACCUUCUCGGUGCAGAAGUUCACCCUGGACUGGGCAGAGGGUUUAGAAAACCAAGAUGUGGGUCUGCUGACUGUGCUUUCGUAGGAGCUGAACCUGGUGAAGGACCAGCAGCACAGUCUUCUCACGCUGCUCCGUGUUUUCCAUCCAGCGUUACAGAAGCUCACGGCAGAGACGCUCGCUGUCUGUAAACCUUUGUUCAUCUUUGACGGCCUGGAUGAAAGCAGACUUUCUCUGGACUUCAACCACAGGGAGCUUGUGUCUGAUGUCACACAGAGGUCAUCAGUCAACGUGCUGCUGACAAACCUCAUCCGGGGGAAUCUGCUUCCCUCGGCUCUCGUCUGGAUAACCUCCAGACCUGCGGCGGCCAAUCAGAUCCCUCCUGCAUGUGUUGACAGGGUCACAGAAGUACGAGGCUUCACUGAGGCCCAGAAGGAGGAGUACUUCAGGAGGAGAUUCAGUGAUGAAGAGCUGUGCAGCAGAAUCAUCUCACACAUCAAGACGUCCAGGAGCCUCCACAUCAUGUGUCAAAUCCCAGUCUUCUGCUGGAUCAGUGCUACAGUUCUGGAGCACAUGUUGACCACAGACCAGAGAGGAGAGCUGCCCAAGACCCUGACUGACCUGUACUCACACUUCCUGCUGGUUCAGACAAAGAGGAAGAACAACAAGUAUGGUGAGGGACAUGAGACGACUCCACAGCAGCUGACGGAGGCUGACAGGGACGUUCUUCUGAAGCUGGGGAGGCUGGCGUUUGAACAUCUGGAGGAAGGAAACAUCAUGUUCGACCAAGAAGACCUGGAGCGGUGUGGUCUUAAUGUCACCGAGGCGUCUGUGUACUCAGGAGUUUGUACUGAGAUCUUCAGAAGAGAGUGUGUGAUCUUCCAGAAAUCAGUCUACUGCUUUGUGCAUCUGAGCGUUCAGGAGUUUCUGGCUGCGAUUUAUAUUUUCCAUUGUCACUUGAACAAGGAUAAUGAGAAGCUGGAGAGUUUCCUAGGAACUCUCUGGGGUAGAUUCUGUAGCUGUGAACCGUCCCUGGAUGUAUUCCUGAGGAAAGCAAUGGAUAAAUCACUGAAGAGCAGAAAUGGCCACCUGGAUCUUUUAAUUCGCUUUCUCCAUGGUCUCUCGUUGGAGUCGAAUCAGAGACUCUUGAGGGGCCUGCUGGGUCGGACAGAGAACAGUCCAGAGAGCUUCCAGAAAGCAAUCGUCAACCUGAAGGAGAUGAGCACCUACGAUAUCUCUCCUGACAGGAGCAUCAACAUCUUCCACUGUCUGACGGAGAUGAAUGACCACUCGAUUCAUCAGGAGAUCCAAAAGUUCCUGAAGUCAGAGAACAGAUCAGAGAAGAAACUCUCGGAGAUCCACUGCUCAGCUCUGGCCUACAUACUGCAGAUGUCUGAGGAGGUCCUGGACCUUCUGGACAUAAGGGCAUACGGGAUGUCGGAGGAGGGACGACUUCGGCUGAUUCCAGCUGUGAGGAACUGCAGAAAGGCUCUGUAA